UCUACACGGAAAUCCGGGCAGAAAGGUGAACGCAGCCUGUUUGUUUUCAUCUUUAGGUUGCUACAUUGAUUCCACUCCCGCCUCCUCCCGCUGUCAGACCCGUCCCGGGCCGGUGAGAGUUAGUGUGACCCGGACUGCAGCAGUCACGCUCUACCCCGGCUCACCCGGCCCCGUCCAUCUGUAAUGAGUGACGGACACAUCACAGCCGAGUGGCCUCGGGAGCGGCAGCUCAGACUCAACUCUCCGUACAGGGUGAGCACACCGGUGCAGGAACGUUGUCGGUCACUCGGGAAGUCAGACUGUGAUUUCCCGGGACAACACUGAACGCCAUCCGGUUACAAUAUCAGAGACUGAACUGGCCGUGCAGGUUAAGCACACUGGUCAAGAUCCAUUGGCACUCAUCUAGGAAGUCCGACUGUGGUUACCCGGCACCGUACCGAAUACCAUCCGGUUACAGCAUCAGUUGGCAUCACCAGCAGGUGAAGCUUUCCAGCACCGGGACUAAUGUGAAAACAAGACGACGACAAUCAACCAUCUUCAGUCACAACCAGAAUGGACUCAGGUGGGAAAUUAAAUCCGGUCGGGAAAGUACUCAAGAGAUUUUUGCCAGACAGCUCGUCAAGGGAAGAUGAUCCGCGCACGGGCGGCAAGGUACCAAAGCCGGGUCAGACUGAGACGAAUGUCCCAAUGGACUACGGUCCGUCCGCAGAGGAGGGGAAGCAAAGUCAGCCCGGAGACACUGUCACCAGAGACACUGAUCCAAACCCUGCAAUCAGUACAAGUGAGGUGACUGCUCGUCAGCUCGGAAGUUCAUUAAACACAGAAUCGUCAAGUCUCAAACAAGGAGUGGAGCCGCAGUCUAUGAUCUCUGAUCUCCUGGCACAGUGGGAUGACUAUCGACUGUACCAACUGACAAAGUUCUACAGGGACAGACUGAAACAAGCGAUUGAAGAAAGGGUUGAAAGACUUAGUGGGAUGCUGACAAAGGAGGGACAUUUCAGUGAACAAGAAAAUGAGAAAAUCACUGAACUAACAGAGAAGGGAAACCGGACAGAUAGUUCCACCCUCUUCCUCAGUUUGGUGAUGGGGAAAGGCUCGCGGACCCGGAAGGUGCUGUGGGAAUCCUUUGUGCAAAUGAGGGCUGAGUUACCGAAGGUGAACAAAAUACUGAAGGAAAUACAAGAGCUCGGUCCUGAUCCACAGAAAUACAUGGACAUCGAGCGAGGAUUAACUGAUUUACCCACUCAACUGAUAGAUGUUCAACAGAAACACAAGGAGACUCUGCGGGCACAAACUGAGACACUGAGAGUGAACACGAUCCUGAUGAGGGAGAAGGUGAAGGUUUUCCAGCUGGUUGAUCGAUACGCUGAGCUCACGGUCAUUUCUACUGUCCGAGAUCGGAGACUGGUGGAACAUGAGCUGCUGGCGAGAGGCAGAGACCACGAGGAGUGGCGAGAUAAACAUCUCAGUGGAGAGCUGGAGAAAAUCCGGACUGAGCAGUUGUUCCAGAGCAGCUUUUCCCGGAGUAAAUCCAAAUCUGGGAGUUCGGCAGCAGUGGCUGGAGUCCCGGGGAUUGGGAAAACCACAAUGGUACAAAAGAUUGUUUAUGACUGGGCCACAGGGAAAAUAUACCAACAGUUCCAGUUCGUCUUCAGUUUCAAAUUCCGAGAUUUAAACUCCAUUAACUGCAGAAUAAACCUGAGGGAACUGAUUCUGGAUCAAUAUCCCUACUUUGGGAAUUUCCUGAGAGAGGUCUGGAAGAAUCCAGAGGGAUUGCUGUUUCUAUUCGAUGGUUUGGAUGAAUUCAAGCACAGAAUCGAUUUUGCUGACAGUCGGAGAGAUACAGAACCUCAGCACCAGUGUCAAGAUCCCGAGUGGUGGUGUGAAGUUUCUGACAUUGUGUACAGUUUAAUCCAGCACAAGCUGCUCCCAGGGUGUUCAGUGCUGGUGACCACCCGUCCCACUGCGUUACAUUUAUUGGAAAAGGCGGAGAUCAGUAUCUGGGCUGAAAUCUUGGGAUUUGUUGGUGAAGAACGGAAGGAAUAUUUCAUCAGGCAUUUUGAAAAUCAGACGGUAGCAACAGCUGUUCUUAAACACGUGGAGGAGAACGAGAUCCUAUACACCAUGAGCUACAACCCCUCCUAUUGCUGGAUCCUCGCUCUGGCACUGGGCCCCUUCUUCACAAAAAGAGACAGGGACCUGCAGCGAGUUCCCAAGACAAUCACCCACCUCUAUUCUUACUAUAUUUACAAUAUCCUGAAAAACCACGGCCGUGAGAUUGAGAGCCCCAGAGAUGUGUUACUCAAGCUUGGUCAAAUGGCCUUCACAGGAGUGUGCCAGAAGAAGAUCGUGUUUACAGAUGAAGAUUUGAUCAAGUACAAUCUGCAGCCUUCCCAGUUCCUGUCCGGGUUCCUGAUGGAGCUUUUGGAGAGAGAGGAUUCUGCUCGGUGUGUGGUGUACACAUUCCCACACCUCACCAUCCAAGAGUUUGUAGCUGCAGUCGUACAAUUCCUGAAUCCUCAUCCAGGGGAUAUCCUGAAAUUCCUCACUGAAGCCCACAACACAACAGAUGGACGGUUUGAAGUAUUUCUCCGUUUUGUUGCUGGUCUCUCCUCCCCAAUGACUGCUCGGGGCCUGGAGGAGUUUCUGGGUCCAUUUCCUCAUCAAACAACAUGCCGGGUGAUUGACUGGGUGAAGGAGGAAGUUGUACGCCAGAGUGGAAACACGUGGAAUGAAGCUGGUAAAAAGAACCUCCUGAACACAUUGCACUACCUGUUUGAGUGUCAGAAUCAUGGGUUGGCUCAAGCAGCUCUGGGAGCAGUACAAAAAUGUUCAUUCAGUGGAAUGCGACUGACCCCGAUUGACUGCGCUGUCCUCUCUCAUCUAAUCAAUACCUGUGAUUCAAUACAACACCUCGACGUCUCUCGCUGCUACAUUCAGUGUGAAGGACUCCAGAGGCUGGGACCCGGGCUACACAAGUGCCUGGAGUUGGGGCUUGGAGAGAACUAUCUGGGAGAUUCAGGAGUGAAGAUUGUGUCUGCGGCGCUGAUGAACACGGAGUGUAAAAUACAGAAACUGUGGCUGUACAACGUCGCUCUCACAGAUUCCGGAGCCGAAGAUCUCGUGUCUGCUCUCAGUACAAACCGAUCACUGACGCAGCUGGAUGUGACAUUAAACUCGCUCACAGAUGGAUCUGUCCCCGCUCUCUGCCACCAAAUACUGACCCAUCCGAGUCUGGAGCGGAUCAGGCUGAAGGGGAAUCAAUUCAGUCGGACCGGGGAGAAGAAACUGUGGUGUCUGCAGGAACGCAGAUCCGGAUUGACAGUGAUCGUGUGAACUUCUGAAAGUGUGGACUCUCCCGCCAUCCCCUUUAAAGGCCAUAUACGCUUUUGAUGGCCGCGCUCCAGGUUUAAUACCCCGGAGGGAAGGAGGCAGAAGAGGAAUGAGGUGGUCAUAGUGGAUUCCAUAGUUAGGGGAACAGACAGGAGAUUCUGUGAACACACCAUGAUACCCGCAUGGUGUGUUGCCUCACAGUUGCCAGGGUUCGGGAUGUCUCGGAUCGGGUCCAGAAUAUUCUGAAGGGGGAGGGUGAGCAGCCAGUUAUCUUGGUAGAUGUUGGUACGAAUGACAUAGAUAGGACAAUGGAGGAGGUCCUGAAGAGAGACUUCCAGGAGUUAGGAAGGAAGUUGAGAAGCAGGACCUUCAGGGUAGUAAUCUCGGGAUUGCUACCUGUGACACAUUCUAGCGAGGGCAAGAAUAGUAGGAUCAGGCAGAUGAAUGAGUGGCUGAAAGACUGGUGUAAGGGGCAGGGCUUCAGAUUCUUGGAUCAUUGGGAUCUCUUCUGGGGGAAGUAUGACCUGUUCAAAAUGGACAGGUUACACCUGAACCCGAAGGGGACCAAUAUCCUGGCGGGAAGGUUUAAUAGAGCUAUUAGGGAGCGUUUAAACUAAUUUGGCAGGGGAAUGGGAACCAGAAUGAUAGAGCAGAAGAAGGGGAAAACAUAAAUAAAUCUAAGAUAGUGAACAGUAAAGAUGUCAGGAAAGAGAGGAACGUGAUGGGGCAAUUUUGUAGCCAUUUGGAUGAGUUGCCGUGCAAUAAAGUUGCAGUACCAAAUACUGGUCUUAAGGCAUUAUACUUAAAUGAACGCAGCAUAAGGAAUAAAGUGGAUGAUCUUGUUGUACAGCUACAAUCCAGGCGCUGAACGUCCAAGGAUACACGGUGUAUCGGAAGGAUAGGAAGGUAGGAAGAGGGGAUGGCGAGGCUUUAUUGGUAAGGAAUGAUAUUAAAUCAUUGGAAAGAGGUGACGUAGGAUCGGGAGGUGCGGAAUCUUUAUGGGUUGAGCUAAGAAAUCGCAGGGGUAAUAGGACCCUGAUGGCAGUUAUAUACCGACCUCCAAACAGCCGCAGUGAUGUGGACUACAAAUUACAACAGGAAAUAGAAAAGGCUUUUCAGAAGUGCAGUGUUAUGAUAAUUGUGGGGUUUUUAACAUGCGAGUGGAUUGGGAAAAUCAGGUCGGCACUGGAUCUCAAGAGAGAGAAUUUGUAGAAUUCCGUGAGAUGGCUUUUUAGAACAGCUUGUUGUUGAGCCCAUUAGGGGAUAGGCUGUACUGGAUUGGGUAUUGUGUAAUGAACCGGAGGUGAUUAGAGAGAUUGAGAUGAAGAAACCCUCAGGAGGCAGUGAUCAUAACAUGAUUGAGUUCACUGCGAAAUUUGUAAAAGAGAAGCCGAAAUCUGAUGUGUCGGUUUUUCAGUGGAGUAAAGGAAAUUACCGUGGCAUGAGAGAGGAACUGGCCAAAGUUGACUGGAAAAGGACAGUGGCGGGAAGGGCGGCAGAGCAGCAGUGGCUGGAGUUUAUGCGAGAAGUGAGGAAGGUGCAAGACAGGUAUAUUCAAAAAAAGAAGAAAUUUUGAAUGGAAAAAGGAUGCAAUCAUGGCUGACAAGAGAAGUUAAAGCCAAAGUUAAAGCAAAAGAGAGGGAAUACAAGGAAGCAGUAAUUUGUGGGAAGACAGAGGAUUGGGAAACUUUUAAAAGCUUACAAAAGGAAACCAAGAAGGUCAUUAAGAGGGAAAAGAUUAACUAUGAAAGGAAGCAAGCAAAUAAUAUCUAAGAGGAUACAAAAGCCUUUUCAAGUAUAUAAAGAAUAAAAGACAGGGGAGAGUAGAUAUAGGACCAAUAGAAAAUGAUGCUGGAGAAAUUGUAAUGAGAGAUAAAGAUAUGGCGGAGGAACUGAAGGAGAAUUUUGCAUCAGUCUUCACUGAGGAAGACAUCAGCAGUAUACCGGACACUCAAGGGUGGCAAGGAAGAGAAGUGUUCGCAGUCACAAUUACGACAGAGAAAGUACACAGGAAGCUGAGUAGUCUAAAGGUAGAUAAAUCUCCCGGAUCAGAUGGAAUGCACCCGCGUGUUCUGAACGAAGUAGCUGUGGAGAUUGCGGAGGCAUUAGCGAUGAUCUUUCAAAAGUCGAUAGAUUCUGGCAUGGUUCCGGAGGACUGGAAGAUUGCAAAUGUCACUCCGCUAUUUAAGAAGGGGGCACGGAAGCAAAAAGGAAAUUAUAGACUUUUUAGCUUGACAUCGGUGUUUGGGAAGUUGUUGGAGUCGAUUGUCAAGGAUGAGGUUAGGGAGUACCUGGAGGCAUAUGACAAGAUAGGUAGAACUCAGCAUAGAUUCCUUCAAGGGAAAUCGAACCUGAGACACCUAUCACAGUUUUUGAGGAAAUUACAAUUGGGCUAGACAAGGGGGAUGCAGUGGAUGUUGUAUAUUUGUAUUUUCAGAAGGCCUUUGACAAGGUGCCACACAUGAGGCUACUUAACAUGAUAAGAGACCAUGGAAUUACGGGAAAGUUACAUACGUGGAUAGAGCGUUGCCUGAUUGGCAGGAAACAGAGAGUGGGAAUAAAUGGAUCCUAUUUUGGUUGGCAGCCGGUUACCAGUGGUGUUCCACAGGGGACGUGUUGGGACCGCAUCUUUUUACAUUGUACAUCAAAGAUUUGGAUUAUGGAAUAGAUGGUUUUGUAGCUAAGUUUGCUGAUGACACGAAAAUAGGUGGAGGGGCCAGUAGUGCUGAGGAAACAGAGAGUCUGCAGAGAGACUUGAAUAGAUUGGAAGUAUGGGCAAAGAAGUGGCAAAUGAAAUACAAUGUUGGAAAGUGUAUGGUUCUGCACUUUGGCAGAAGAAACAAACUGGCAGACUGUUAUUUAAAUGGCGAGAGAAUUCAAGUUCUGAGAUGCAACGGGACUUGGGAGUCCUCGUACAGGAUACCCUUGAGGUUAAUCUCCAGGUUGAGUCGGUGGUGAAGAAGGCGAAUGCAAUGUUGGCAUUCAUUUCUAUAGAAAUAGAAUAUAGGAGCAGGGAUGUGAUGUUGAGGCUCUAUAAGGCGCUGGUGAGACCUCACUUGGAGUACUGUGGGCAGUUUUUGUCUCCUUAUUUAAGAAAUGAUGUGCUGACGUUGGAGAGCGUACAGAGAAGAUUCACUAGAAUGAUUCCGGGAAUGAGAGGGUUAGCAUAUGAGGAACGUUUGUCCGCUCUUGGUCUGUAUUCUUUGGAGUUUAGAAGAAUGAGGGGAGACCUGAUAGAAACAUUUCGAAUGUUGAAAUGCAUGGACAGAGUGGAUGUGGUAAAGUUGUUUCCCAUGAUGGGGGAGUCUAGUACGAGAGGGCAUGACUUAAGGAUCGAAACCCGCCCAUUCCGAACAGAGAUGUGAAGAAUUUUUUUUAAGCCAGAAGGUGGUGAAUCUAUGGAAUUUGUUGCCACGGGCGGCAGUGGAAGCCAAGUCAUUGGGUGUAUUUAAGGCAGAGAUUGAUAAGUAUCUGAGUAGCCAGGGCAUCAAAGGUUAUGGUGAAAAGGCGGGGGAGUGGGACUAAAUGGGAGAAUGGAUCAGCUCAAUAUAAAAUGGCGGAGCAGACUCCAUGGGCCGAAUGACCUACUUCUGCUCCUUUGUCUUAUGGUCUUAUCACUCCAGAGAAACAUUAUAUCAUUUCUUAAUGCAUGUAUGCAUUUCUAAAUGACAAUAAAAGAGGACUGAGUGUUCUCAUAAUCUAAACUAAUCGCCGUCCCUUUUUAAAUAUACGGCGCUUAUUUAAAAUCUUAUUUUCACCCUCAAUUUGAUUUUGGUCAAAGUUUUAUUACAUGGAUUAAAUUGUUAUAAUCAUGUCCCACCCUCUUCUGUUUUGACCAACACUCAGCAAUCACAGUCUUUCAGCCUUAACGUGGCACCCGUCGAGGAUGCCCUUUAAGUCCCUUACUUUUUCGAUUUGGCUCUAGGACCACUGGCAAUUGCGUUUCAUAGUUGCACUGAAUUGAUGGGGAUUUGGAGGGGAAGUGUUGAGCAUCAAGUUUCCCUUUAUGCCGAAGAUCUGUUACUUUUUAUAUCAAACCCGACCACUUCCUUACCACCAAUGGUUAACCUUCUUUAUAAAUAUAGUCAAUUUUUCAGUGAUAAACUUAAUUUACACGUAAGGGGUUUCUUCUUUUAUGUUACUGCUAAGGCUAAUUAAAUGGCUUCUUUGUUACGUUAUAAUAAAAUGGCUUUUCUGUAAUGUUAACUGCUGAGCAGCUUAUUUGGGUUAUAAUUACUGAUAACGAGAAUUAUAUUCAUUUGCUGACCAAAUGGGAUAGAUGUUAUUCUUUCUCGUGUAUCUGUAUGCUAUUGUUUUCGCGGGCUUUGGGGAAAAGGCGCGAUGGGAACAGAGAGAGGAGAUGUGAUGAGAGAGAUGCUGUAAACUGGGCGACGGAGCGGACCCUGAGUCGGAGUUGGAGGCCCAGAGUCUUCGGCGAGGAGAGGAGACGAGGACAGACUCGUGUGGAGCGUUUGGUCGACCACCAAGGGUGGUCCCAUUCGAGGGUAGGCGGAAUUGGGAGGAUAUCGACUGGAAGAAAGGGAGACCUUGUUCUAUAAGAGCUCCAACGAAUUAUUUAUGCACAGAACUGAUAGAGUUACUGACUUGGCGCCUUUACUGUAUUUGUUUCUACUAACCCAUCACCAAGAAAUACGUAUAAAAUGUAAUCAUUUA